CAUCCUUCACAUUUUACGCAAGAUGCAUUAACGACAAUGAAUUUUAGGAAAAGAUUCUGGGAAACUAAUUCUCUGUGGUUUUAUUUUAUUUUAGCCAGUCUGCAUGUCCACAGUGCUGGUUACUCUAAGUUAGACUGUGAAACUGGAACUAAUGCCUAUGUAGGAAGAGUCCAGGAGGGAUAUGAAGGAGACCUGGAGAUUAUUGAUAAUGUCCGACCUAAUGAUCGUUUGGUGCUGGAGCUAUAUUUUCUUCCAGUUGGCGUGACAUUUCUAGAGCUGGUUCAUUCUAUCGGAGACUCAUCCGCUACUGUACGAACCACCAAAGCGCUUGAUGCUGAACAACUAAAGCAGUCAGGAGGAAACUUGUAUUAUUCAGUCACCUGUUUAAACACAGGGAAAGAAAACACCAGAUUAAAAGAAAUUGAGGACAUCAAUGACAACCCUCCGAUCUUCGAGAGCAAAGCAUACAGCGCGACAGUGUCUGAGAAACUGGCUGUGGGUUCAAAUGUGCUCAGGGUAAAAGCUGAAGAUAUAGAUAUCUCUCCAGGAAACAACAGAAUUACAUAUUCUAUAUUGCCUCCAGCACCAGAGGACUUAGAAGUGAGGAGUGAUGGAAAUAUCAGGUUGUUGAAUCCCCUGAACUACAACAACUUUCAGCAGUACAUCUUCACAGUGGAAGCUCAAGACCCAGGAGGACUCAGUGACACCACCACCGUUACAAUAUCCAUUGAAGACUAUGACAAUCUAAACCCUUAUUUUGAUCACAUCCUCUACAAGGCAACCAUUGAGGAAAAUGAGAUCGGACAUUUCUCAGACGUCACUCCUGAGGCUAUAAAAGCUCAAGAUGGCGACACGGGUAUCAACGAGCCUGUUGUUUACAGCCUAACAACAGUCAUUCCAAGUGAAUAUCAAAGCAACUUUGAUAUCAACCCAAACAGUGGAGUCAUUUCUGUGACAACAGCACUGGACAGAGAGGAGAUUGACCAGAUAACCCUGUACAUACAGGCAGCUCAGCAAGAUGAUCCCAGUAAGAUAGCCAACGCGGUGGUAUUUGUUAUUAUUGAGGAUGUGGAUGACAACUCACCCAAAUUUGACCAGGAUGAGUACAUCAUAUCUAUUCCAGAAAAUUCUGCAAAGGACCAGUUUGUGCUUCAGAUAAUAGUCACUGACCUAGACCUGGGAGGAUUUGUGGGAACGUUACGGUUCAUUCCAGACUCUGUCCCAUUUUCCAUCAAUCCUGAUGGAAGAAUUCUGGUGAAGCGUUCUGAAGAUCUAGACAGAGACACUACACCCAGCUUCAGCUUUCAAGUUGAAGCACAAGAAAACCCUCCUUCCAUCAACAAAGAAACAGCAGAGGUGACCAUUAUCUUGCUGGACGAGAACGACAACAGUCCACAGUUUACAGAUUCAGAAUAUGAGGGCAAAGUUUACACCGACCAGACUGUUGGAAUGGAGGUUGUCAAGGUUGAAGCAACAGACCUGGAUGAAGGUCCAAAUGCAGAAAUCAGUUAUUUCAUUGAGUUUGGAAAUGAAAAAGGCUUUUUUGGCCUUAAUGAGAAAGAUGGGGCGAUUACUCUAGUACAACUAAUCCCAUUGGUGGAAAAUGAAAUCCUUGAGUUUGCACUCUACAUCACUGCAAGAGAUGGUGGUGCUAUAAGCAGGUCAACCCCUGCAAUGGUACAUAUCAUGGCACUCGGAGAGUCUAAUCCUCAAUUCCCUCAGAAGACCUACCAGGGACAAGUAGAGGAGAAUCAGGAAGAUGCACAGAUUGUGAAGGUUGACUUCCUAUCUAUUGAUCCUUUUGUUCCAGUAAACUUAACAGUUGAGACUGAAGGUGACAAAUUUGCCAUAAACAAAGAUACAAGAGUUUUAUAUACCAAAGACAAACUAGACUAUGAGGAGGAGAGCAGCUACACUGUGUUGCUUUCAAUAUCGGAUGGGACCAACCGGGAUGAAGCAUCCAUCCUGGUUGAAUUGCUGGACAUCAAUGACAACAGUCCAGAGAUUGAAGAUCACCCUCCCACUGUCUCCGUUUCAGAGAAUCACAUUGUUGGGGAAGAUGUGGCAUCAGUAAAAGCCACGGAUGCAGAUGCAGGAUUUAAUGCUGAAGUCCAGUACACUCUCCUGGGAGGUGCUGGGAGGUUUAAUAUUGAUCAAGAAACAGGAGUGAUAACUCUAGCAGCUACUCUGGACAGGGAAACCCAAGACGAGUAUCAUUUAGUCAUCACUGCCCAAGAUCAGGGUCGUCCAUCACUUUCCACCACCACUGAUCUGGGCAUCACCGUGACUGACAUCAACGACAAUUCUCCCAUAUUUUCCAAACAGCAGUAUGAGACCACAGUGUUCGAGGAUGCUGAAGUAGGAGCAGACGUGGUAGUCAUCAUGGCAACAGAUAAAGAUGAUGGUCUAAAUGCUGUUGUGAGCUAUCACAUUGUCAAUCAGCAGCCACCUUCAGACACGCCUGUAUUCAACAUUGAUUCUGAUUCUGGUUCUAUAACCCUUGCUGAAAAGUUGGAUUAUGGUAAAGCCAAGCGGUAUACUCUAGAUGUAGAGGGACGAGAUGGAGGAAGCCCUUCUCUUACAGGCAGUGCUGUUGUUAUAGUGUGGGUGGAGGAUGUGAAUAAUAAACCUCCUGUCUUCAGUAAGGACCAGUAUGAUGUGUCCGCCUAUGAAAACCUCGUGGGUGGAACUGCUUUGGUAUCUCUGGAGGUUACAGAUGAGGACAAGGAUAGGUUCUCUAAGGGUCACUUUAUCAUGGAUAGUGAUACCUUCGUUAUCAACAGUCAAGGAGUUAUAUCACUCGGGAGAGAUGCCACCUUGGAUAGAGAAACUAAUGACCAUUACACACUGGAGGUAAUCGCCGUAGACCAGCCUGUUGAUGGUUUAAGCUCCACAGCUCAGGUCAUCAUCACUGUCCUGGACAUCAACGACAACAACCCACAAAUCCUUCCUCUGCCAGAGCCCAUUGAGAUUCAGGAAGGCAAAUACACACAGACAUCACCUGGGGAGGUGUGCAAAAUUUCAGCCACAGAUGCUGAUAUUGGAGAUAAUGGGCUUGUCACCUUCUCUACUUCUUCUUUGAGCAAUUUCUUCAGUUGCAGUGAUGAUGGGACUCUACAAGCUAUCAGUGAGUUGGAUCGGGAGAUGCAAGAUGUCUAUGAUGUGGUCAUCACUGCUGUGGAUCACGGGAUACCACAGUUAAAUAAUAUGACCACAGUGAGGGUCAGCAUCACAGAUGUCAAUGACAAUGCUCCAGUCUUCAGCUCAGAGACUUACAGCAGAAGUAUUCUAAUUAGAGAUGCAAAGGUUGGAGAGUUGCUGCUGACAGUCUCUGCCACAGAUAGAGAUGCUGGAGACAAUGCACUUAUUACCUACAGUUUCUCUGAAGUCUCCUCCAUGGUUGCACUGGAUGUUGAAACAGGAGACAUCACUUUGACCUCUGACCUUAGUGAAGUCACAGAAGACACACUGCUAACCCUUAGUGUUAUAGCAACAGAUCAUGGAACACCAGCACUAUCUGAUGAAGCCGAAGUCUUGAUCAACUUCAAAAUUGCUUCUCUCACUGAGAGUGUGUCUUUUGAGAGUUCCUCCUACAACUUUGCAAUCAAGGAGAAUGAACCCGAGGAGACAAUAGUAGGCACGGUCAAGGCAUUAACAGGGAGUCCACUGGUUACAGUCAACUAUAACAUGAAGUCACAUGAGGACGUCUUCUCUGUGGAUGCUGAGGGAACCAUAAAAGCUCUAAAAUCACUUGACAAGGAGGACGUGGAGUGGUAUAUCCUCACCGUAGAGGCUAUAGACUCCAGAACACCUCCAAACACUGCAGAGACAACGGUCAGUGUUCAGGUUGAGAACGUGAAUGAGGCUCCUGUGUUCGACGCUGAAAAAUACACAGCUAACAUUUUCAGUAUUGCUCCAUACAAAUUCCCUAUAGUGAAAGUGCAGGCAUCAGACCCUGAUGUGGACGAGAGCUCGGAACUGCAGUAUUCACUGGUGAAGCCCACUUCUGUGCUGGAUGUUGAGGCAAGCAGCGGUCAGCUUUACGUUCUGGAUGUGUUCAGCGUUGUAGACCCUCUGGUCACCUAUGAGGUUAAAGCCACUGAUAAACAUGGACUUUUCACGAUGACGACAGUAGAGGUACACAUGAAAGAAAGCCGGUACGGUAACAGCGUCACUGUCAUCUCUCUAAAUCAGCCGGUGUACAUAGUGGAAAAGAUGAUACCAGAGAUAGAAGAGUCCAUGAAGACAGCUUUUGGCUGGACUGUGAAAAUCCUCAGUGUGACAGCAGAUGGUGGGAAUAAGAUACGGAUUAAUUCUCGAAAAUCAACAGACAAGACUUACAUUAGCUUUAUCGCAAUGGACUCCAGUGGUAGCAUCAUUGAAGCAGAUGAAGUCAAAGAGAAAAUCUACACUGAGCAUAAAGUUUUAGCAUCUGAACUGGAGAAGAUUUUUGGGACGGAAGUGAAAAUCCAAGUGGAGGACAGUUCUGGAAACUUUGAAGGUUUCAGUAAAGAAGUCGUCAUUACUCUAGCUGUUCUCCUGUCUUUGACCAUUUUGGCGGCUGGGGUGCAACUGACUCUCUAUAUUAUCAAGAAUAAAUUUGAUGACAAACAAAAGAAAAUGGAAGGAGAAAAAUCAUAUAAAUUCAGUAUUGAGCACCCUGUAAAUUUUUGAAAACCAGUAUUGAGAGAGGUGUGACAGAAUGGAUGAAUGUCACUGAUUUCAGUAAAAGCAGCAUCUCUGAGCUCUGAUUCAGAGCACCUCAAAGUGUAAUAAGACUUUAUGUCUUGACUAUGAUGCAUGUUUAUGGAAUAUGGGACAUGAAGCCAUAUCACUGCCACUUUAUAAUGAACUCAAAUGAUAUAUUUAUAUAAAUAUAUUUAUUAUACUGAACAAUAUAGCUGUUAAGAUUGAGUUCCUGUAACGCCUACAAAAAAACAUGGUACAACGGUAAGAUCAUGUGGCUGAUUCCCUGGGAAUACAAAAAAAAAAGCCAAAUGUAUAGAUAUAUGUAGAAGUUGUAAGUAGCUUUUGGCUGGGCUGUGAAAAUCCUCCGUGUGACAGCAGAUGGUGGGAAUAAGAUACUCAUUAAUUCUCGAAAAUCUACUCCAGUGAUUUGGAGUCAUUGAAGCAGAUGAAUAAUUAUUAUAUAAUCAGUUUUAAUACAAGUUUUGCGGCUAUAUUGUUGUGACCAAAUCUUAUUUGAAUUUGCAUCCCUAUUAGAAUAUAAUAAUAAAAUGGGGCUGGGGUCAUUUUUGCCUGUCAAUCAAAAGGGAUCAAAGUUAUUUAUUAAAGUUAUUUAUUUCACAAUCAAUCAAUCAAUCACAACAAUAAACCAACCAACCAAUUAACCACAACCAAUCAACCACAACCAAUCAACCACAACCAACCAACCAACCAACCAACCUCAACCAACCAACCAACCAACCAACCAUCCACAACCAACUGGAGUGAAAUUUAAAGUGAAACUAAUGUUCUGUACCUUGAAAUAAGUUCGGGAAUAGCGCACGAGAGAGAGAGAGAAGUGAAAAUUUUUCUUUCAUUCUUGACAUUGGAGAUUGAAUUAGGGGAGCUGCAGCUGUUAUCUUCUUUUGGGUGUCUUGAAUAUGAGAGGUGUUUGAUUUAAUUUCUGUUUGAUCCUGUUUGAAAUUUGUAUUCACCUGUGUGUGAUUUUUAAUUUGUGAAAAGUCAAUUAUAAAAGUUUGAAGGGCAGACUCUAUGCCCUGGAUGAUGAUAGUGCCGUUGUGGUAUAAGUUUAGAGAUAGGCUUCUUGAUUCCUCAUUCUCUUCAGCAUCUUCAAAUACUAGUAUUUUUCUGCCUUUGCAGAUCCCUCUUUUUGAGGUAAAGGCAAAAUGUUGGCAGAAAGCAGUAUGCCAUAGUGGGCUGUUUUCAGUAUAAAAGAGCAGGUUGUUUAGUUUACUGUGCUCAUAGUCUGCAAAUAGUGUUUCAGGUCUCUCCUUGAUCUGCCUCUGUUGGUGGAGCAGUUUAGAGUGUUCAGAGCUCUUCUGAGGAUAGAUAAAGGGGCGGGGCCUGCAUGCUGCAGUGGCCAUUGCUGAUUUUAAAAUGUGAACAAACAACUGUGAAAACUGUCAAUUUGUUUAAUUUUGAUUGUUCUUCUGUGAAUUAUUUAUAAUUGUAGAUCAAAAUAUCAAAAAUGUCCACAAAAAUAAAAUAUUGAUGAAAAUCAGUGCGUAAAUUGUAAAAACAAGACCAAAAUAAGCAUCUUCAUUGAUACUGCCAUAAAAUUCAGUAAAACUUUGUUAAAAGAUGUUUUCUUAUUUAAAAUUUGUCAGAAUUAUUCUCUGAUUUAAGCAAAACAAUAAUAAUAUAAAGUGAAUUGCCGAAUAAUCAGGAGCUAAUCUGCUGCUGCUCUCUCUCUCUCUCUCUCUGACCAUUUUUUUUGAGAGAGAGAGCGAGAGAGAGAGAGAGAGAGAGAGAAAUCGCACGAGGUAAUCUGUUAUGGCUGACUUAUGAUGUUCACCCUGUAUGUUUAAUAAAUCACGGGUUAAUACCUGCC